AUGGGGAGCUGUGGCGACGCGAAGGAGGAGGAGGAGGAGGAGGAGGAGGACGACGACGAUGAGCACGACUCCCCCAGACGGCUGCGGGCAGCCGCGGUCGCACGAGUCGCAGCUGCGGCACGUCGUUUGCGACCAGCCGGGACAGGACAGGACAGGACAGGGCAAGGCAAAGGAGGGCAGCGCUCGCACGGCACGGCACGGCACAGCAGGUCAGGUCUGGCGGCGGUUGUCGCUCGCUGCUGGGACGAUGGUGCUCCAUGUGAGCCGAGGAGCGCUGCUUUUUUAAGUCGCGACCCUGGCAUGAGUGGCGGACUGAGGAUGCAGUGUUGA